AUGUCCAGAGUUUUACAACGAAUCAAGGGGCAAAUCUUUGUCAAUGACUCAACGUGGUCUGAAGAAAGACGACGAGAAAGGGCACUUGUGAGAAGAUUAGAUAUCUUCUUCAUGUCUUACCUAUGCCUUUCGGCUAUCGUAAAAUAUUUAGAUCAGCAGAAUAUCUCCAAUGCCUACGUCAGUGGUAUGAAAGAAGAUCUGGCACUUUACGGUAAUGAGUUGAACUAUUUUACUACUUACUUCAACAUCGGUUACUUAAUCUGCAUUCCGAUAUCCUCUUAUGUGAUCAAUAGCGUCAUUCGACCCAGUAUAUGGAUGCCUACCAUGGAGCUCAUUUGGGGUAUAUUGACAGGAUGUCUUGCUGCGGCGAAAACAGCGAAAGUAGUUUAUGGUUUGAGGUUCUUGAUCGGCUUUUGUGAAGGAACAGCUUGGCCUGGAACUGUCAUCCUCCUCCUGAGUUGGUAUACACCUGCCGAGAUAGGCUUGAGAUUCGCCAUUUACCAGACAGCGACAUAUCUUGGUGGCAUAUUUGCUGGUGCUUUACAAUCUGCCCUGUAUACCAAUUUGAACGGUCAUUCAGGUCUUGCAGGAUGGCAAUGGCUUUUUGUCGUGAAUGCUUGCAUCACAGUUGCUGUUGCCGGAUGGGGAUACAUAGGUUGUCCGGAUUAUCCGAAUCGUCCUAACCCCAAGGGUAAAUGGCUCAAAGCACAUCACGCCGAGACUGGUCUCAGGCGCAUGGGGAAUGUCGGUCGAGCACUACCAGUAGGCUGGUCAUGGAAAACUGCUAAAUCGCUUGUCUCUCGUCCUCAAAACUGGGCAAUCUGGGCAGGAUACACAAUAUAUAACCAAGGAGGAACCGGAAAUGGGUACUUCAAUCUGUGGCUCAAGAGUCUGAAAACUGACGGGCAUGCGAGAUACACCACGAUCCCCAUCGCGUGUAGCUGUAUUCAAAUAUUCGCUCUCUUAGUCGUUUUACCCACUUCAGAUCGUUUCCGCGUUCAAUGGCCAUUCCUCAUCGUUUUGUCUAUCAAUGGUUUGAUAUGGGCAAGUGUACUUGCAGCUUGGAACGUUACAGACGGCGUUAAAAUGGCUAGUUACAUGUUAUUGAAUCUGUCAGGUCCAGGUGCUGGUCUAUUUGUUGGAUGGGUCGGCACCUUGGCUAAACACAGCGCGGAAGAAAGAUCAGCGAUUGUUGCCUCUUUUGUCACCACCUACUACGCUAUAACUGCGGGAAUGCCUCUAAAAGUAUGGCCGGCAAAACAGGCUCCGCACUAUAACAUCGGAUGGAAUUAUGCCACUGCAAAUUACGUGGCUAUAUUCCCCGUAAUCCUUCUCAUUGUCUACCUUGAGAAGAGACAAGAACGCUUCGAUGCACGAAAACUCGAUCCGGAAGCAAUCGACGAUACAACCUCAGAAGAAAAGCACGAUCCGUAUGAUGACCUUCGACGAAGGGAUAUCCCUGUGGAUCAAGCCUUAUCGGAACCUAUUCCAAGGGUAUGA